AGCCUAUCAAUCUGGGUGUUGAGUCUGACGACAGGUCUACCAGCACUUGACUGAGAGAAGUCGUGUGGCUUGGAACUCUCUGCCCUGGAUGUUGGGGCACUUACAGCAAUACGACGCUCCUAUACCACAGUGCAGCCUCCCUCUCUUUACAUUGCUCCCCCAUCCCUCCUACCGCUGGCAACCUCUCCAAUCCAAGAGUUGCUGCGAAGGAAACGAGAGUAAUUGUUGGUGCUGUGAUUUGAUUUGACCCGGACGGCGUCGUGGUAGUCAAGCGAACCGACUACUGUCGCCAGAGAUGGAGUUGGGUGUACUCGUCUUGCUGCUCGGUGGGUGCUGGGCCUUCGAGUGGCACCACGGACACGAGACAACCCAGCAUUACAGCAACGAGUGGAUGGUGCGUCUGGAAGGAGGGCCAGAUGUCGCGCAACUUCUGGCUGUGCAACUCGGGUACGAUUUCCUCGGAUCGGUGACGGGAUUUCCAGACACAUACAGAAUGCUGAAACUAGAUCACCCUCCCCUACAAAAGAGAGCAUUUCCUCGUCUCACACAGCGACUAGCAAGGGAUGCUAGGGUGGUAUGGGCGGAGCAACAGUUUGCCAAACAGCGAGUAAAGCGAGACUUCGAACCGCCGCUAGAUGUCUCUGAUAUUCCAAGGCCGACGUCGCGUCGGAAAAGAGCUGAUCUUGAAGUACCUUCACAGCGGGUAGAAAGACUAUUUAAUGACGAACUCUGGGACCAAGAAUGGUACCUGCAAGACACUCGCACGCGACCGGACCUGCCAAAACUGGAUCUUCACGUGCUACCACUGUACAAGAUGGGAGUCACGGGCCGCGGUGUAAGAGUUGUUGUCCUAGAUGAUGGUCUCGAGUACACUCACGACGACAUACGAGAAAAUUACGAUCCAGAGAUAAGUUACGACGCUAAUGAUAAUGACUACGACCCGACCCCACGCUAUGAUGAGGCCCUAACUAAUGCGCACGGCACGCGGUGCGCGGGAGAGAUUGCCAUGUCUGCCAACAACCGCAAGUGCGGCGUCGGCGUCGCUUUCAACGCUAAAGUAGGAGGCGUGCGUCUUCUUGACGGAAUGGUAAACGACCGUGUCGAGGGCAGCGCACUGGGAUACGCGUUCGAUAAAGUGGAUAUCUAUAGUGCUUCCUGGGGUCCAAAUGAUGACGGUAAAACGGUCGAAGGUCCAGGACGCCUUGCCCAAGAAGCUAUUGAGCGUGGAAUCCAACAGGGUCGUGGAGGGAAAGGAUCCAUCUUCGUGUGGGCCUCUGGGAAUGGUGGCAGUAAGGGCGACAACUGCAACUGUGACGGCUACAUUGGCAGUGUCUACACGCUGUCCAUCGGCAGCGCGUCGCAGCAAGGGCAGUUCCCCUGGUACGGCGAGCGCUGUGCUGCUACCAUGGCAGCCACGUAUUCCAGCGGCGCCUACUCUGACCAGAUGAUAGCUACCACAGAUCUGAGGAACACGUGCACAAUCAAACAUACCGGAACUUCCGCUUCUGCACCCCUUGCUGCAGGGAUUAUCGCACUCGCUCUGGAAGUGAACCCUGAGCUAACUUGGAGGGAUGUGCAGCAUCUGGUGAUGUGGACGGCAGAGUACGCCCCUUUGAGCGACAACACGGGAUGGCAGCGCAACGCAGCUGGUGCCUGGAUAAACACACGGUUCGGUUUCGGACUGAUGAACGCCCACGGUCUCGUUACUGCAGCCACCAACUGGACCAACGUACCGCCCAAAACUAUAUGCACAGCAGCAGCUGAACCUCUGAAGAACAAUACAAUUUCACACGGGAUACGAUCCGAAAUACUCUUCAUCACCGACGGCUGCGAAGGCAAGAAGGAGGAAAUAAGGUUUUUGGAACACGUGGAGGUGGUGACAAAUAUCGCUUUCACUGUGCGUGGAGCCUUGGAGAUGCACCUCACUUCUCCAGCAGGUACUCGAGUGCAGCUCCUCAGCCCUCGAGAACGCGAUCAAUCAGACAAAGGCUUCGUGGGCUGGAAGUUCUUGUCGGUACUCUCCUGGGGAGAGCAGCCUCGUGGCAAGUGGGUUCUCGAUAUAAUUGAUCAGGUUGGUCCGGAAAGCAACAGGGGUCAUCUGGGUUCCUUCACACUCGUUUUACAUGGGACCAAGGAACGGCCAGCAUAUCUGGACAACGGACCACGCCGAUAUAACCAAGACUACAAUAGGGUGCAUAAGAAAACUGCUUUCGACUACUCCGAUGUAACAACACUAAACGAGGUUCGAAGUCUGAAAGGCGACGGUGAGUUGGAGUGGAACGACCUGAUCGGGUUUCCUGUUGCCCUGCGGAAGGUAGAUGCGCUCAGGAAGUCCCGUUUGCGUGAGCGGCUGGAGGCUCUAUUUGGGUCAACAUAAACGUCAAGAACUCCGACGAAACAUCAACAGAGGAUUGCAAGGACAAAUGCCGUGUUUAUAAAUAAAGAUAUUCAUCAACGUAA